GUAAGACCAAAACAAAUUCUGAAAAUAAGAGUUUCUUUUUGUCCUCCAUUAAUGGAGGGAAGUUUGUAAAAAAGCAACCUUGUUCUAUUACUGGCGCCAUUUCACUUCAACUUACACUACUAUAUAUUUAUAUAUAUAUAUAUAUUCAUAUAUCUGGUUUUGUUUGAACUUCAAAUGGAUGACAAGGAGAGCACGAUUUCUGGGUCACCGGAAAACUCAGGGACUGAGUCACCGAACUCUGUACCGGUUCAUCAUGUGGCGGUAAACGUGGUGGGAACAGAGGGAAAUAUGGGGUCGAUGGGAAUAGCAACACCGUCGGCGACGUUACCUCAGACGACUACCGGCGGCGUAGUAGGAACGACGGCGGUGGAUGCGGCGGCGGCGCAGGGAGGCGUUGACUCGUUAGGGAAGAAGAAAAGAGGUAGGCCGAGGAAAUACGACGCUGAUGGGAACUUGAGUUUGGCAUAUUUGCAGGGUCUUAAGCCAAAGCCAAGGCCACCACCCUCAGAAACGACACCGUUUUCUCUGUCGUCUCCGGUUUCUUCUUCAGAGUUCUCUUGUUCGUCUAAAAAAGGGAAAGUUAGACCUUCUUCUGGGUCUGGUAACUGGCAACUCCUUGCUUCUUUAGGUGAAUUGUUUGCAAGCACAGCCGGUGGGGACUUCACACCUCAUGUGGUCACUGUUAAUACUGGAGAGGAUGUUGUAGAAAAAAUUCUCUCAUUUGUUCAAAAGGGUCCCAGAGGAGUUUGUGUUCUCUCUGCCAAUGGAGCUGUUUCCAACGUCACAAUUCGUCAACCUGGUUCUUCUGGCGGCAUUCUGACAUACGAGGGCCGCUUUGAGAUAUUGUCCUUAGCCGGAUCGUACACUGUAACUGAAUACUCUGCGGGUGCAAGAAAUCGGAAUGGUGGCUUGAGCGUCUCUUUGGCCGGUCCUGAUGGUCGUGUAAUUGGUGGUGGCCUUGCUGGUUUACUAACGGCUGCUAGUCCCAUUCAGAUUGUAGUUGGAAGUUUCAUACCAAAUGGCUGCAAAGUGCAGAAAAGGAAGUACCACCAUCGAGAACACACAGUGGCUUCUCCUCCUCCAACAGCUCUAGACUCACCAGUUACUGCGGCAACUCCAAUUUCACAGGCUAAACCGGACAUGGUUGAACCCUUCUUAAACAAACCGCCAACCUUUCCUGUGCAAAGCUAUGUAGAAACACAACACAACCCAACAACCAUUACUGCCAAAGCGAAUCCGAAUAAUGGCACGGCUACUAUUCAUUUUGAUGGUUGGAAUAAUGGUUCCUCAGAGUCCAGACCGGACCUUGGUCCAUCUCCUGACAUCAAUGUUUCUGUUCGUGGUGAAUAAUAGCAGUAUCAUCACCACCACCACCAUCACUACCAACAACAACAGUUUUUCAAGAUCACUUUCCAAGGCUGACAUGUUUAGUUAACUCUGAGUUUAAACCAAUUCAUUUGAACUGGCUGUUGUUGUUGAUCACAUUAACAAAACUUGUUUUAACGGUUUCGAGAUUAGAUUACAUGAAAUAAAUUUUAGAGCUUUGAGACAUCGA